UUCCUGCGAUACGUAUAUUGACAGUGAUAGACAAGAAACAAGUAAGGACUCUGCCUUGACUGAAGAUAACCCUAGGUUAGUUGAAAUAGUUUAACAAACAUUACCAGACGUUUAUGAGUCGUCUACUUCAUUAUCAACACUGUCUGGGAAAAACCUUUCUGUUUACGUCAUCAUCUACAAGUGACUGCAUUCUUAAUUUUAAUUCUCAAUAGGACUCAUGAUUGUACCCCACAACUGAUGUAGACGAGACUGAGAAGUUUCACUCCAGGUUAAAAUUAAUAUUUCCUCAUAAGUGAUAAUGGUGAAUUGCUAGGUUUAAUUUCAGAAAACAAGAUUUGUUUUACAGUGCGAUUUGUUCUUUGACCUCGCAAUUGCUUCGAAACAACAUGAAGAAAUACUCUCUGAACGUUAUUAUUGUUAUUUUGUUAGUUGUUUGUACAGAAUGUAGAAGAUCAGGGGGAGGAUCCAGGACAUCACAUUCUAGACCGUCCUAUUCAAGACCGUCCUAUUCAAGUCCUUCUUAUUCACACCCUUCGCCUUCUUAUUCACGUCCUUCGCCUUCUUAUUCACACCCGUCACCUUCUUAUUCACAUCCGUCACCUUCGUAUUCACAUCCAUCUCCAUCCACAUUUACUCAUCCUUCGCAUUAUGAGCCAUCAAAGGCCAGACCUAGUUAUCCAUCAUAUAAUCCACCAGCACCUGCAAACAAACCUUCAGCUCCUCUAACAAGUUCAAACAAUAAAAAUCCUCCCGAGAUAGGAUUCAAAAAGCCCAACGAGCCCAUAGGACCUCCAAUAUCCAAUAAACCAUUACAAAAUCCAAGUCCAAGUCAACCAGUGGGAGCACCACAAAAGGCAAAUAAUUUAGGAAAUUCAGCCCCUCCUCCAUAUGGAAUGCAUCCACCUGCAUACAGUCCGGGACAUCCCCCAUAUCCACCCGCGUAUACUCCAAGUGGUGCACUACCAGCAUAUCAACCAACUUACACUGGAGGAACCUUCCAUCCUCCGCAAGCUUCUUAUCCCCAACAGAACUGGGGAUAUCAUCCACCAGGAGGAAAUGCAUAUAAUCAGGGAGGGUACCACCCACCCGGAGGUGCAGUAACGAUUAUUAAUAAUAAUAACAUUAACAACCAUCAUGGAUAUUCUGCUCCAAUAGCUUAUCCAUCUUAUACCUAUCAUUCACAUGAUACUGGAAGUGGUACUUUAGGGUUUUUCUUAGGAUAUUCCUUGGCUAAAAUUACUACACCUACUUAUCACACAUACAGUAGUAACUUCUACGACGGUUACAGACCCAGAUAUGAUCAUUACGAAGUGCAUCACUACUAUCACAACAACGAAAGGGUAGUGGAAAAAGAAAAGGUUAUUGAAUCGAAUACAGUAGUAGGUUGUGUGGGUGACAGCGGUAGUAUUUGUCCUGCAAAUACCACUUCAUUGUGUACCAGCAAUGGAGCAAUUAUGUGUGUAGCAAGCGCACUGUCAACAGUACCAUGCAAAGAUGUUAAGGAUACAAAUUGCAUUAAGAGUACUGUUCCUUGUGUCGAUAAGAACGCACCGGAAUGUAAAGGUAGCAGUCAAAAUACAACGGCUGUUAGUAUUCCUUGUAUUUCAACAGCCAAAAUUUACGGAAGUGUUACCUAUGUUAAUAACACAAUAUUAGUUGAACCCACCAAUGUAACUAGUAGUAAUAAUAAUACAGCAAAUUCGACAAUUAAUGCUAGUAACAUUAAUAAUGCAGCAAAUUCAACAACUACUCCAGUUCCUACAACAAUUGCUCCUUCCACAACGACGACGCCUAAGCCAGAGCCCCAAAAUUUCUGUGUAACUAUCAUAGCUUUGCCAGCAACUAGAAAACAAACACCAGGGGAAGAUUUAUUUGAUAGUUUGGAUAAAACUGUUGACAAAUUUCUAUCUGCGUCAUUUGGUUUAACAUAACGGUUAUAUAUUUUAUAUUAUUUUUUCUAUUAAUGUAAUAAAAAAAUUAAAUGGACCAAUUUUGUU